AUGGCUACUCGCCGAGGCGUCGGUCUCGGAGCAUUCGCAAAUCGUUCCCAGACCUCUCAGUCCUACGCCAACCAUGGCGCCAACCUCCGCUCCACCCACCUGACCUCCCUCCAAACCCAACUCUCCGUCUUCCAGUCCCUACUCCACACCUUUGCGCUCGAGCAUGGCGAGACUAUCAAAUCAAACCCAACUUUCCGCGCUGAAUUUGCGCGCAUGUGCCAUGCCAUCGGAGUUGACCCGCUUGCUGCAAGCAACGUGAAGGGUAAGGGCAAAAGGGGGCUUGUCUCUGGCUUAACUGAAGGCGGGGGCAGUUUCUGGACCCAGAUCUUGGGAGGAGAUGUGAACGAUUUCUACUUUGAAGUUGCUGGCAGAGUAGUGGAAUUAUGUAGGGAGACCAGAGCGGAGAACGGUGGAUUGAUUAGUGUUGAAGAAUGUCGAACUCGAGUUGCUCGAGGGAAAGCUAUCGGUGGUGGCCUAGAGGUUUCAGAAGAUGAUAUCCUACGUGCGGUGAAAUCCCUCGAACCUCUUGGUUCCGGCUUCUCAAUUAUCAAAGUGGGAAGCAAGCAGUUCGUCCGCUCUGUUCCUAAGGAGCUUAAUACGGAUCAAGCCACCGUGCUCGAAGUUAUUCAACUUCUCGGCUUCGUAACAGUUUCUAUGCUAGAACUCAAUCUCAACUGGGAGAAAGCACGCGCGCAGACUGUCAUUGACGAUCUGCUCGCUGAAGGUCUGGUAUGGGUCGAUGCUCAAUGCGAGGAAAAUGAAUAUUGGUCACCACAAAAUUUGCUCGAUGGUAAUGCAUGAAAGUUUAUGGGCCUUGGAAGGCCAUCGCACUC